GUUCAACCCUAGGCAUGACACAUAGACUGAUAAAUAAACCAGGAAAAAUUACUGACAUAUGUGUUCAUGAUAUAUGUGGCAGUUCACUUCAUACAAGUAAUUAGAGAGGGUCAAUACUCAGACCGGGAUCAUUCUGGGAUGUUAGUAGCCGUUGUGUAUUUGUGGAUAAUUUUAUACGUUGUUCGAGGAGAUGAUGAUUAUUGUACCUCGGACUAUAAAUAUGCAAAUGAUAUUAAUAAGGAAAUUAAUAUUACGCAGUCAUGCAAUGAUAAUUUACCGUGCAUAGCCAAAUGCUGUCCAGUGAAUCAAAUUUUAGUAUAUAAUGAGCCUGAGCUAUCUUUUUCGUGCUUAGACGGGGCAAAUGUAACACGUUCAUACAACUUUACUCAGCUAAAUGACUAUUCUGAUGUUGUAUUUUAUGAUAAUGAUGUCAAAAAAAGAAUUAGCGAGUCUACAUCAAAACUGCAGAAUUUUACAAUAAUCUAUAACGAUGUUUUCCUUCUCAAUUACGUAUGUUCUAUGGACAUAGAAGAAGCGUUUCCGAAACCAACCCAUAAAGUUUUUAUUUUAGAGAGCGGCGUUGCAGUAAUAAGACGCCCAAAUUAUUUGACCCAAUGGUAUCUCGACAUUUCACCGGGCUAUUUUUGCAUCGAGUACCAGAUCGACUUAAAGGCCGAUGGAAAAAUCUUGAAACCUAAGUUGGUAAUGCGAAUGCGGUUAGGUGGGAAAGAAGAAAAUUUUGACAAAAGUAUAUUAACUGCUAGUGCAAUGCUGGUCUCGUGUGUGUUCCUGCUGCUGGUGCUGGUUGUCUACGCGCUACUAAAGGAGCUGCGCAACCUGGCGGGCUUGAUGAUGAUGACCUACGUGUCUUCUCUCACCGCUGCGUUCUUAACCAGGGCCUUGCAGUUUCUUCUUAUCAAAUACGCCUCGAUUCCGAAGGCCACGUGCGUAUGGAUAGGCCUUCUAUCGCAUUAUACUGUGGUGGCGAGUUUUACCUGGAUGAAUGUCAUGUCCUUCGACAUCUGGUGGUCAAUGAGGGGUUUCCGUAAGAUGCGUCAGAUCCACCGGCGCGGCAUCCUGGUGAAGUUCGGGUGGUACAGCCUGUACGGUUGGGGUGCGCCGCUCCUGCUCAUCCUCUUUAUGAUCAUUGUCGAGAACCAAAACUUAACUCAUAUGCCGGAUUUCGUUAAGCCCAACUAUAUGAACGAAAAGGGUUCAAUCGAAGAGCAAGAACUGCUGUUGUACUUGUAUUGCCCGAUCUUAAUCACGACCUGCAUCAACAUUAUGUUGUUCUUGAUGACCGCGUACAACAUAUGGCGCAUCAAGCAGGGCGUGACUCAGCACAACGCUGGCAACAGCCGGAGGAACAAGAAGGAUGAGACCAGAUUUGGCAUCUACCUUAAACUAUCACUCGUUAUGGGCCUCAACUGGAUUCUGGAAAUAGUAAGCGCCGUCAUCGAAAAGGACUCUGUGUGGUGGUACGCUCCAGACAUCUUAAACUCGCUCACCGGUCUUUUCAUCUUUAUAAUAUUCAUUUGCAAGCGAAGCAUUAUCAUCCAACUCUGUAAAAGGUUCGGCAAACAUGAGUUAAUACGAAGAUGGCAGCCGGUGGAAUCAAGCAAUACUGAUAGUACGCGAUUAAACAGCACAAAUAGAAGCAGCAGAAGAAAAAUCCUAGAGUCUGUAACGGAUGCAAGUGAUGUUGACGACCAAGAAAAAAAAUACUAUAUCGACCACGGAGAUUUGACAUUGAACAAUAAACUGGCUUCUUAGAGGACUUAGAGGGUUUUUGUGUGCCAUUUGUUGGUUUAGUGUGCCCCAUUUUGACAGAGAACGUGUAGCCUCAUUAUUUGCAAGUCAGCAGCGCUCUUUUGACAAAAUUGGAUAGGUACGCUUAAGCUUGACCGCCGUUUUAAUUAUUGAUCGCUGCGUUCCAAUAUUGACCACUUUUAACGUAAUUUUAGAACAAAAAUAGGAUAAAUGUUUGCAGGUAUUUUGGGUGAUUUACCCUAAUACGUACGUAACUUAAUAGGUAUGUAGGCAAUAAUAUGCAGACUACGGUUAUCUUGCUAAAAUGUUCUCUAUACUUUCUGUUAUUUCCAUUAUAAGGAGUAAGUAUUAAACGUUUUUGAUAGUA